AAUAACGCAAAACGAGGGCUGUUUUGCUUUCAAUCAAUCCUUCCUUGGACUAGGAGAAGAAUGCUUUCAGCAACUAGUAAAAAAAAGACAGAAACAAAGAAGAAGCCGUUGCUUUUUCUCUACUAAAUUUCUUGCUUCUUCCACUAUCUCUCUCUAAAACCCUUAAAUCUUUUCUUCACACUCCCCCCCUCUAAAACCCUUUAAAGUUUGUCCUUUAAGUAGAAGAUCGGUGAGUAAAUAAGAGCAAGAAUGGAGCGAGAUCAAGAUAGCUGUGGCACACAGCUGAUUGAUGGAAACGGAGUGUUUAAUGUGGAAGGACUUGAUAACUUCUCGAAGAUCACGAAACUGUCACAGUGUGGUCUUUCUUAUGCUAUUGUCGCAAUCAUGGGCCCUCAAAGCAGCGGGAAAAGCACGCUUUUGAAUCAUCUAUUUCAGACAAACUUCAGGGAGAUGGAUGCAAUCAGAGGAAGGAGUCAAACAACCAAGGGAAUUUGGAUGGCAAAGUGUGUUGGUAUUGAGCCUUUCACAAUUGCCAUGGAUUUGGAGGGAACUGAUGGAAGAGAAAGGGGCGAGGAUGACACUGCAUUUGAGAAACAAAGUGCCCUCUUUGCUUUGGCAGUUGCGGACAUUGUACUGAUAAACAUGUGGUGCCAUGACAUUGGCCGGGAGCAGGCUGCCAAUAAACCCCUUUUAAAAACAGUUUUUCAGGCCAUGAUGCGUUUAUUCAGCCCCCGCAAAACAACACUGCUCUUUGUUAUACGUGAUAAAACAAGGACUCCUCUUGAAUAUUUGGAGCCUAUUUUAAGAGAAGAUAUUCAAAAGAUAUGGGCUACAGUCACGAAACCUGAGGCUCAUAAAAGUACUCCUCUCAGCGAAUUUUUUAAUGUGGAGGUCACUGCUUUGUCUAGCUAUGAAGAAAAGGAGGAGCAGUUUGAAAGGGAGGUUGCUGAACUUAGACAGCGGUUUUUCCAUUCCAUUUCUCCAGGAGGUCUUGCUGGUGAUAGGCAGGGAGUUGUCCCUGCUUCAGGCUUUUCUUUCAGUGCACAGCAGAUAUGGAAAAUUAUAAAAGAGAACAAGGAUCUGGAUCUUCCUGCUCACAAGGUGAUGGUUGCAACUGUUCGGUGCGAAGAGAUUGCCAACGAGAAGCUUCGCUACUUGUCCUCUGAUCAGGGUUGGUUGGCAUUGGAAGAAGCUGUUCAAGCUGGUCCAGUGUCAGGGUUUGGGAAAAAACUCAGCUCUAUUUUGGAAUUCUAUCUUUCAGAAUAUGAAAAUGAGGCGAUCUAUUUUGAUGAAGGUGUAAGAAAUGCAAAACAGCAACAGUUGGAAUCAAGAGCAUUAGAUGUGGUCCACCAUGCUUAUGUUACCAUGUUGGGGCAUUUACGCUCUAAAGCUCUUGAAAGUUUUAAAACGAGGCUGGAACAAUCAUUGCACAAAGGAGAAGGAUUUGCUGCUUCUGUUCGUGCCUGUGCUCAAUCUUGCAUGGUUGAGUUUGAUAAAGGGUGUGAAGAUGCUUCCAUUAGACAGGCCAAUUGGGAUGCUUCAAAAGUCAGGGAAAAACUUCAUCGUGAUAUUGAGGCACAUGCAGCAUCAGUACGCAGCACCAUGUUGACAGAAAUGAUAGCCAAAUAUGAGAAACAACUUACUGAUAUGCUUUCUGGACCUGUUGAAGCCCUAUUCGAAGCUGGUGAAAAUGAUGCAUGGACUUCAAUAAGAAAGCUUCUUAAACGUGAGACCGAGGUUGCUGUAUCUGAGUUUUCAACUGCUGUUGCUAGUUUUGAGUUGGAUAAGCCUACAAUUGACACAAUGGUGCAAAAUUUGAGGGAGUAUGGAAGAAAUGUAGUGGAGAAGAAGGCAAGAGAAGAGGCAGGGAAAGUUCUGAUCCGCAUGAAGGAUAGGUUUACAACAAUUUUCAAUCAUGACAAUGACUCAAUGCCAAGGGUUUGGACUGGGAAAGAAGACAUUAGAGCAAUUACAAAGGAUGCACGCUCUGCGUCUUUGAAAAUUCUAUCAACCUUGGCAGCCAUACGCUUAGAUGAGAAAUCAGAUGAUAUUGAGAAUGUACUGUUCUCCUCGCUCAGUGAUGGAACUGUUUCUGUUCCAUCUUCCAAAGAUAGAAGCAUAGGAGCCAGUAGUGACUCCCUUGCCUCAAGUACAUGGAAAGAGGUCUCUCCAAAAGCUACGCUGCUCACACCAGUCCAGUGCAAGUCACUGUGGAGGCAGUUCAAAGCAGAGACCGAGUAUAGUGUGACCCAAGCUAUUUCUGCUCAGGAGGCUCACAAGCGAAGUAAUAACUGGUUACCUCCUCCAUGGGCAAUAGUGGCGAUGGUUGUUCUUGGUUUUAAUGAAUUCAUGGUUCUGUUAAGGAAUCCACUUUACCUCUUGGUUCUGUUUGUUGUAUAUUUACUUUCAAAAGCAUUAUGGGUACAGAUGGACAUCACAGGAGAAUUUCGAAAUGGCGCUUUGCCUGGUAUAUUAUCCAUUUCUUCAAGGUUACUUCCCACUGUUAUGAAUCUUUUGAGGCGACUUGCAGAAGAGGCUCAAGGACGUCCGACUCCUGAAGCCCCAAUGCAACAAUCAUUUAGUUUUCAGAAUAACAGAAAUCAAACUCAGCUGAAUCCAACAUCAAGUACAAUACCUGAGUCUUCGGUAUCAUCAUCCUGCAUGUCAUCAACUGAUAGUGAAUACUCAAGUCCAAACUUGAUGCACAGGCGAAGUACAAAAAUCUCAGAGGAAGAAUUUUCUUGAAAAACUGAACGUGUGUAAAAUUUGUACCAAAGUAGAGGAGAUAAAUAGGUUAAAGCCUUCUUCUGCCCUUUCCAACAGGGAAGAAGAAAGAAAGAAAGAGGCUGGGGGAUGAAGGCAUGGAGUUAUUUUGUCAUACGGGAAGUUGAGAUAUAUUUAUAUAUGUAACAAGAAAAUAAUCCUGUGUUGUGGAAAGACUCUGUCAGACAACAAUUGGGCGGCUAAUCUGUAUCUCGCUAGAUUCAACUGAAUCGGAUAUAUAUUUUUAUUGAUUUGGCUGUCAAGUCACCUUGCUCAGAAUGGCCAUGCCCUUUCAUUGCCCUGAUGUCUACUAGCUGGAUCAAAUGAUAAUGAAGAUGAACUUCCCAUGUAAAGAGCUUUCCAUGAAGACUUCAUUGGUUUGUUAAUGCAUACUGAAAGAAAGCCAAUAUGGAAUACCAGCAUCAUUAUCUUUGCAUCA